UGCUUUCUGCUCUCUAUCAUCAUCUGCAGAAAAUGCGAGAGAGGAGCGGCAACAAAAUGUCAACUCGGGCUGUUCUUCCCAAGUCGCAGCCAUGAGAGGAGUCCCGUCCGCCUGCUCGGACCAGCUCCAGUCGCUCUCACCAUGCGGAUUCAUUGCAAAGUAGUCGCGAUCGCCGUGUGUUUCGGAGUUUUCCUACUUUUGUACUUUUUGGGGGGCAACGCUGCGGACGAUCCGCUCUUGAAAGAAGUUGGAGGGGAGGAGGAGGAGGAUAAUAAUAACUCUUCCCCGUCGCCCUCGGUGCUGGGACGCGAUGUUGCAUCAAAGUUUGCGCGAAAAUCCCCCGAUCGACUCCGUCUCCGCGCGGAAGAGCCUCUCAGGGGAAGAAAAGAGGGGAGAGCGAUCAACAGAGGGGCCAACGUGAAUGCAAAGAGUAAACAAAGGAGUGAUGUUGGGCGACCUGUGGGUAAGCGCUCCCGCGUGGAGGAGGUCAUGCACCUGGCUGUGGUGGCCUGUGGGAAUCGUCUGGACGAGACCCUCACCAUGCUCAAAUCAGCUCUCCUGUUCAGCAUCAAGAAGAUCAAGUUUCACAUUUUUGCCGAGGACCCUUUGGCUUCUCAGUUUGAAAAGGGGCUGAACGCGUGGCCUCGCGCCACUCGUGCCAAGUUCAAGUACAGCACCUACCCCAUCACCUUCUCUGUGGGAAAUGCUGAGGAGUGGAAGAAGCUCUUCAAGCCCUGUGCCGCCCAGAGACUUUUCCUCCCUGUCAUUCUGAAGGAGGUGGACUCGUUGCUCUACGUGGACACUGAUGUGCUCUUCCUCCGGCCCAUGGAUGACAUCUGGGCCCUCCUGAAGGCCUUCAACAACUCCCAGCUGGCAGCAAUGGCCCCGGAGCAUGAAGUCCCCAAAAUUGGCUGGUACAGCCGCUUUGCACGCCACCCCUUCUACGGGGUCACCGGAGUCAAUUCUGGUGUCAUGCUAAUGAACCUCACGAGGAUCCGCAAGACACUUUUUAAAAACAGUAUGAUCCCCAGCGGGUUGUCAUGGGAAGACCUCCUACAUCCCCUCUACCAGAAAUACAAGAAUCACAUCACCUGGGGUGACCAGGACCUCCUAAACAUUAUUUUCCAUUAUAACCCAGAGUGUCUCUUCACCUUUCCCUGCCAGUGGAACUACAGGCCCGAUCACUGCAUGUAUGGGAGUAAUUGUAAAGGGGCUGAAGAGGAAGGGGUGUCCAUCCUCCAUGGGAACCGUGGGGUGUAUCAUGAUGACAAGCAGCCGGCCUUCAAAGUCGUCUAUGAUGCAAUACAUGAUUUUCCCUUUGAGGACAACCUGUUCCAGUCACUGUUCUACCCCAUCCAGACCAAGUUCCUGGACACAGUCAACACCCUGUGUGGUCGAAUUCCUCAAGUCUUCCUCAAGCAGAUAGAAAAGACCAUGAGGAAUGUAUAUGAACUAAAAGUGGUCCACCACGCCAAACCACACAAAUAGCUGGUGGACCAGCAGAUUACGGAGACGGGAAACUCCCUGUUUUUUCUGACAUCAACGAGGACCAUCUUGCUGUUGAUUAUGCGUCGUACCACCAGCACCAGAUCAAAGGGACGGCUCGGUGUUUGCAGUGUGUUGCACACAUAACACUCCCUGGAAUGGUCUUAUGAACAUUGUGAUUGUCCAGUGAUGGUGUGGCUAAGGGUCCUAUGUGUACAGAUAUGCAUACAGUGCUGGUCAGUGAUGCUGUAGAGUAGGUUUGCCUCAUCGCCGUCUUACGUUGUGCACGACCUGGUUAUGUAUGGUGAUGAAAUUAAUGACAAUGUUGGGAAACAAAACAAAAGCACACUUUCUGAAAAAAAAAGGACUGAAUUCCUAUGUUUUCAAGAAUUUGGAAAGUGUAAGCUCCUCAACUCAAGUGAAGGCUGAAAACAACAUUACAGUUUUAAAGCAUAUUUUUGUCAACACAGUGCUGCAUGAGAGUACAUGCCUCAAAAGGCUUUUUUCCCUUCCCUUUAUUUUUCCCUGUAAACAAGGUUUUAAAUAAUCCUCUUACUUUGCCUGUGGGGAGCUAUAUGUUAGACAAAGUCAAUUUGAGGCUUUGGAAAGCUUUACUACUUGAAGUAGUAGAUAAGUCAGCCACUCCUCUAAAGUUAUGUGAAUGUUUUACCAGCAAAUAACUUGAAAGGAGUGCACGUGUGAAUGAGAGCUUUCGAGAGAUAUUGGUCUGUUCUGCAGUUGCCAAAUGCCACUGACAGUAUUAAAAAAAAAAAAAAAAACAGCAAAACAGAACAAACAUGGAUGUUCAUGUUACAUGCCGAAUGUUAAAAUGCACUUUCAGACAUUAAAAAAAAAAAAAAAAAAAUACAGUUGAGGACAGGAUGAUACGAUUUGUACACAUGUCCAACUUAGAUGCUACACUGAGAAGUGAAUCAAAGCCAAAAGUGCUAGCAUUU